AUGCCGCCAAGUGUAGCUGAACGCUUUCUUGCAGAGGUCCUCAAAUGGUUCACCCAAGCGACAUUGGCGCUCAAGUACAUCCAUGAAAGGCACAUCCUUCACCGGGACUUGAAGCCGGGGAAUUUCUUCCUCACCAAGAACGGCACGCUCCUUGUGAGUGUGCUAAAGAUGGGUGACUUCGGCCAACCCGACACGUUUUUGGUCGAUGACAACGUGCUCGGGCCGGCCAUGUUAGACCGCUGCAACGAUGACGAAGAAGAGGAGGAGGAGGAGGAGAUUGACGAUGACAAUGAUGAUUAUGCCUGGCCUUCUGAUAUCUGGGCUCUCGGCUGCAUCCUCUACGAGCUCUGUGCCCUCAAGGUGGCUGGGCUGAAGCCCAGAGUGCCCUUCGAGGGCAAGAAUAUCCAUCACCUCGUGCAGCGGAUAAUCACCGGCCAAGCCUUUGGUGCCUGGUGGCUACUCCGAAUGCGUGCGACUGCGAGGGGCCCAGAAACGCUCUGUGAGGAGAUGCUUGACCGCAACCCAGGUUUCGAGCAAUUGAGUACGAAUCCGUCAAAGGCGCCCACCUUCAAGAAGGGCGACUAUGUGGAGUACCACUCCGACUGGUUACCUGCGAAGGUGAUCAAGGAAGAGCCGGGCGGAAAGGGUGUCAUUGGCGCCUUGCAGUUCAAGGCUCACGGUAACUUAGCAUUCGUGAAGAAACUCCUCCGAAACUUUCGCUCCGAUGCCAAGGACCUGAAGCCGAACACUUGGAUGAGCCCAGAGGAGCUGCGGCAGCUGGAUUUUUUUUUGGAGAGACCUUUAGGCUUUGGAAAAUGGGGACGAAAGCUGCGGCAUCGCAAAGAGCCACCUAAGCUCAUCGAUCGCUCGUCUGCCUAUCCGCGUAGCGAGAGCCUCAGCGUGCAAGUUCUCACCUUUUCUGGGAGUGGAAGCACACCUGCCAUUGCCGGACCCUCCCGUGCUGAUGGGGCAGGUGCCUUGAACGGUGCCUUGCCGAGUGUUCCGCGGCGGAGCGGAUCGGUGGGAUGCUCGGUCCAGGGCUCUCCCUGUUCUUGCAGCUGCGGGGAUGUAUCAGGUACAGCUCAAACACCUUUUGGGUUUCUUUUUGUCUGGGCAUCCUCUCUUCGAAG